GACGUGUAAGUUCAGGCUCUGCGCAUGCGCACUGCGGCCUUCCCGCGCGCAGCUGCUGACGCGCUUCUGACGAGGACAGUAAUUCUCGCGCCUUUAGCUUUUAAUGAAAACACGCACUUACAGAAAUAAGGCAAGCGCGCGGGAAAUCAAAUCCGCGGCCGUUUCUCCCGUUCAUCUGCGUGACGUGUACCCCCGUGCCCGCGCUGCGCGGGUGUGUGACCGUGAGUGCGCGCGCGCGUCGUGGCCGGGGCUCUUGAGCAGCACGCGACCGCGUCCCGUUUAACGGCUGUCAUGUCCAGACUGGAGCAGGUUCUGAUCCUCGACCCGCCGAGCGACCUCCGCUUCAGAGGACCCUUCACAGAUGUGGUGACCGCUAACCUGAAGCUGAGGAACCCGUCCGACAGAAGAGUAUGCUUCAAAGUGAAGACCACGGCUCCUCGGCGCUACUGCGUGCGGCCCAACAGCGGCGUCAUCGAUCCCGGCGCCACCGUCACCGUCUCAGUCAUGCUGCAGCCCUUCGACUACGACCCGAACGAGAAGAGCAAGCACAAGUUCAUGGUGCAGUCCAUCCUGGUGCCGGCCGGCGCGAGUGACCUGGAGGCCCUGUGGAAAGAUGCCAAGCCGGACGACCUGAUGGACUCCAAGCUGCGCUGCGUGUUUGAGAUGCCCUCAGACCUGGAGAAGGUGCGUGUGUGUUCUGCUCAGAACGAGCUGGAGGCUGCUGUGAACGCCUCGUCAGGAGCCAGAGCCGGCGCGCUGUCCACGGACGACACGGAGACGAGGAGGCUGACGGACGAGUGCAAGAGACUGCAGACGGAGGUCGAGAAGCUGCUGGACGAAAACCACCAGCUCAAGGAUGAAGGGCUGAGGAUGAGGAAGGCUAAUCAGUUGGACAGCUCCGUCUCCAGGUCUUCAGCGGCGAUGCUGAGCAAGGACCCGUCCUCCAGAUCGCUGCCGUCACUGCUGGUGGUCCUCGCCGCCGUCUUCAUCGGCUUCUUCCUCGGGAAGUUUGUCUUGUAGAGUUCUGGACGAGCGUGGCGUCAGCGCAGAGGAAGCAAACAUGUCUGUGUACAGGAUCAUUCAAACGGGCCUUGGCUUUCUCUCUCUCACACACACACACACACACACACACACACACACACUCUCUCUCUCUCUGAAGCGGGCCGGCGGCUCGUCUCGUCUCGUCUCUCCCUUUUUUCCUCCGUCUGGUUCCGGGUGGGUUUCUCUGAAAUUGUCCGAGCGUCGCUAGCAGUGAUAGACCUGAAAAACAUCCUCUCAAUCAAUACAAGGACGUGUUUCUCUCUCUCUGUGUUUUAUUAAGAGUUUAAUGGAGUGUUUUAAGUGUCAUGUACAUGUUCUUUGGAAGUAAUGCGGACUCAUCGUCACACAAACACAAGCCGAUCGUCUCUGCUGCUUCGCUACACGUUUGUUUUCUCGACUGUGACGACGUCUGCCGCGUUUCCCUCACGAACACAAACACAGAGCAUUCGAAUCACUUCAUGGAGUUUUCUUUAUGCAAAUUAUAAUAUAUUCGAUUGUGAGGCAACUUGACUGAAUGAGCCCCGUCUGCGGUCCUGUCCCGUGGUGUUUAACAUGCUAAUAAAGAAUCUUUAUCACUCUUGAUGCGGUGCGCUUCGUCACAUGAUCAGCUGUGCGUGAGAUCUGGACGCACUGUAAGUGUCUCUCUGUUACGUGUGUCUGUUAAUGAUCCAGCGCCAGAAAUGUGUUCAAUAAAUGUGUUUUAUGAUUAGA